UCGUAGGCAUCAAUUUGGUCCUAUAGUGUUGAUAAAUAAUUUUUUAUUAUUAAUAAUUGAAAUAAACGUGUAAAUAGUAUACCUAUAUACGGCACGGUGGCUGAUGGGGUUCAAGCUACAUGUAACCUGGCCUUUUUAGGGUUCCAUGAGGUAAAACGGGACCCUAUAUAUAACUAAGGCUCCGCUGUCCGUCCGUCCGUCUGUCACCAGGCUCUAUAUCUCAUGAACCAUGAAAGUUAGAAAGUUGACAUUUUCACAGAUUAUUUAUUUCUGUUGCCUCUAUGACAAUAAAUACAAAAAAUUCUAGAAUAUAUAAUAUAAGCAGUGUUGUCAACAUGUUUAUAGAUUAUGGUACGGAACCCUUCGUGCGCGAGUCCGACUCGCAUUUGGCCGGUUUUUAUACUUCUAUGUGUGUUUUAUCAGCGUGUAGAUAUAAAUACGGGUAGAGAUCAGUAUUUGUUUAUUAUCGGUUGCCAUUCGUUAUACGGGUAGAUCAGGCACAACUUUGCAUCAAAUUGAAUUUUCAAACAUUGUCUACCAAGUGGAUUAAUUGCCCUUGGCCCGACGUAGUCGGAUGGCCGGCUGAGUUACACUUACUGCAGCGAGUUACACCCAAUAAGAGGUGAACAAUCAUAUUUUUUUUUAAGUAUUGCCAUUUUUUACGGGCAACAAAUCGGUUGGUAUAAUAUAAAUGUUGAUUAAGUACCAUUUUAGUAAUAUGUGAUAGCGGCCGACGACGGCUCAACCGUGAGGUGCGAGGAAGAUUAGCACGGUCAGCGCAUUCCAACAGUUCGCUCUACGGUGUCAGCCAAGUAGGUACCAAUUUUAUUUUGCCGUGCGCGAAUCGCCGUUCUCUUUAUAAUAUUAUUUAUUUAGUUACAGGACCACCUGACCAGUCUGCGCUCCACAAUCUGUGAGUUAUUUGAAACAUCAUCCGCAGGUGGUUUCUAAUACAACGUUAGCCAAUUAAUUUGUUGUAAUUCGUGGAGGAUGGAGUUCGAGGACAUCGCGACCAGUAGAUUAAUUUGUCCACCUCAAAUCCAACCACCGGAUCAAACGUCUUCAAGGUUCAUCGACAGGUUUAUCCGUGUGAAAACUAGAUAUUGGAAUAGAGGAUUUUUGAUUGUUUUUCUCACGUUUAUAGGUUUAACCAUUCAAUGGUUUCAAAAUCGAUCAUUAGUGACUAGUUUAGUUUGGUCUCGUGAAAUAGUUGAACACGUUGAUUUCAUUUAUUUUGGAUGGAUAAUCGGUUAUAUACUGGGAGGUACCUUAGCCACCAUUUAUCCUGCUGACAAAGUUUUCGGAGUGUCGUUCAUCAUAUCGUCAACACUGCAUAGUAUAGAAGAUAUGAAAAAGUCGAACGGGAUUCUACAUAUUUUCUCACUUUUUUGCAUAGGAAUAACCAUGACCAUAGGAAUUUCGGCAUUUCACAGGAUUUACACAUUUUGGGUCCCACUGAAUAAACAGUCAUUACGUCACGUUCCAAUAGUGUUGUGGACGAUUGUAUAUACUGAUAUAAUACAAAUAUAUUAUGAGUUUAAUGACAUGCAAAAAGUAUUAGGUAUCGUGGGGAACAGAUGGUUUAUUAUAUGGUUGAUUGUGGUCAGUGGAGAUCGUUCUCAGAGCCGUUAUAGUGGAACUAAUGUUGUUUCUUUAAGGCGACCAACCAUAUCGGGCAUUCCUUGGAAGUCGUUUUGUACUUCAAUGCCCGUCAUUGCACUUGUUUUAUCAUACAUGUGUUCUGCUAAUUUAUAUAUUUUACACCGAUCAUAUUAUGAUUCAUAUGAAUAUUUAUAUCCUUUGAUAUAUGAUCAGUCCUUGAGUAGACACACAACUAUUUUGUUGUUUCUCACCUUCGUCCUGAUCGAAUUAAUUCCGAAAAUAACAGGAUGCUCUUCUAUCACCAAUGUCAGAAAGAUUUUUAGUUGCUUGUAUUUCCUAUCAAUGGGAGUAAUUUAUUAUAUGGAAGCUUUUCCGGACAACAUUUUUUUGUUUUUAGACAACAAGAUAUUUGUUUAUUUAAUUUAUAAUUUUAUGCCAUAUUUUAGUCUUUUCGGUUUCGAAAUCAACCAUUUGGAUAUCGCACCACAGUACUCUAGUGUACUUUUUGGUAUCCUGAUGACCACAUAUCACAUAACUUGGUUAUUUUCAACAAGUAUCUUAAAAAAUAUUUUGAUUUUUGAAGAACUUAGCCAUGUCCAACUUUGUAUCUUGCGGGUGGUAAUAAGUUUAGCUGUGGCAGUAUUCUAUGCCAUUUUCGCUUCAGCAGAACUACAACCAUGGGCAGUCGAUAAACCAGUAAAAGAAAAUCAACGAAAUAUACAAGAAGAAGUAAAUUUAAUGGCUGUGUAACAUAUUCAUUUAAUUAUGUUCGAAUUGCACAUUAGCACAUUAUGCCUAUAACUUUGUCAAAUAUUCAAUUUAUUUUUUUAUAAUAAUUCACAUUAUUUAUCGUUAAAUAUAAUUAUUAAACCUAAUAGUAUAGCAAAGUCGGGUAAUUUAUGUUUCAGAAUAUUAAUAAUAUUAGUAUCGUAGAAAAAAAUUAUACAAAAUAA